CCUCCUGUACCCAACUGAACUGGCAGUCUGUUGACGACACCAGAGAGAAAAGAUGGCGGCGCCCACAACAACAGUGCAAACCAUGAACUCACUGACAGACACUUUGUUAAAGCCCGUUUACGCAAACAGCCAAGGUAUGGAUUCUGUUUCAGCAGAUUCGGGCACACUGCAGGACUAUUUAUUGGAUUUCAUGGAAAAAGAAGUCGGUAGUGACCUGAAGUCCCUGAAAAAUGUUGGCCACUUGCUGGAGAAACUGAGAGAGGAAAACAGCGUCCUGGAGGAACAGGUCCUGACAGACGCCAGCUCGGUGCCUCCUAAAGUGUCUGCAGCUCUGUCUGCUGCUGAGGAGGCCAGCUGUUCUGUGGAGGAUUUACUGCAGAGAGAGGCACUUAUCUCCAAAAGACUGCACCAGCACCUACAGGAUGCCCAGCCUUGGAUGGAUACACUUGACCAAACGCUACACAAAGUCAACACAAUAGAGAGACAUGUGAAAUACCUACGAUGCCUCCAACAUAUAGAGGAACUCAGCGCUGCAGUCCAGCAGUGUCUGAUGACCAGCAGUGUGUGGGAGGCCAUCCGGGCGGUGGACAGCAUGGCGGCUCUGGACGCUGGACUGAACCAGUCGGGAUGCUCUCACCUGCAGGGCUUCCUCCAAGAGACACUCCACUUCUGGCACAAGAUCAUCAAAGACCGACUGACCACUGAUUUUGAGAAAGUCUUAACUCAGCUUCAUUGGCCGUUCAUCGCCCCCCCCAUCCAGACCCUGACUCCCACUGCCAACGGUCAGGAGAUCAGCAGCCAGCUGGAGCUGCUCGUCUCCCAGCUGUUCGCCCUGCAGAACUCUGAUGAUCUCAUUUCCCAGAGGGCUUUGGCCUCUUGCCAGGGUGUCCCCGCGAUCCAGCCUGCUUCUUCAGCCCCCCCUCCGUCCCAGGCCCCCCCCCUCUGUCUGCCCAUCCAGAUCAUGCUGCUGCCGCUCAGCAAGAGGUUCAGAUACCACUUCUACGGCAACCGACAGACCAACACCCUCAGCAAGCCAGAGUGGUACCUCACUCAGGUUCUGAUGUGGAUCGGGAACAGCAAAACCUUCAUGGAGGAACGGAUCCAACCUAUCCUGGACCGAGCCGGAGCCACAACCAGUGCCAUGGUGGAGCUGUGUCGGGGCCUCCUCUCUCUGGUCCAGGAGAAGGUGGCCAGCGAUGCUUCCCGGCUGCUGUACGAUGACGCGCUCUUCUGCCACCUGGUGGAGGAGGUGCUGCAGUUUGAGAAGGAGCUGAGAGGAAACCACUCGUUCCCCGCCGUGCUGCCCGGCCUGCUGCACCUCCUGCUGGAAGACGCCAUCCUGCAGAAGUGGCUCACUGUGGAGAAGAAGAUGGCGGUGGAGAAGAUGGACGCCAUGCUGUCGUCAGAGGGAGCGUGGAGCUCUCAGUACAAAGACAUCAGUGAUAUGGACGAGCUGAAGGCUCCCGACUGUGCAGAGACCUUCAUGACCCUUCUGCAGGUCAUCACUGAGCGGUACCGCUCCCUGCCCUGUCCUUCUGCACAGCUCAAGUUUCUGGGGCUCCAGAGAGAGCUGGUGGACGACUUCCGCAUACGACUCACACAGGUGAUGAAGGAGGAGUCCCGCUGCCCUCUGGGGGCUCGAUACUGUGCCAUCCUUAACGCUGUGAACUACAUUUCCACCAUCUUGGGAGACUGGGGAGACAACGUGUUCUUCCUGCAGCUGCAGCAGGCGGCGGUGUCCCUCGGGGAGGAGGGGGUCCUGGGGGGUCUGGGGGUGUUGGAGGUGGGUCGCCUGGCCUCUCUGGAGGGCUCUCUGUUCGAGGGUCUGCUGGCGCUGCUGGACCGGCUGAAAGGAGACAUGAUGGGCAGACUGCUGGAGUGGACCAUGAGGGAGAUCACAGAGAAGGUCCGCCCGUACGGACAGGACCGGUGGUUGUCCCUGCCGCCCCAGCAGGACCAGUCCACCAUGACCCUGUCCAGCUCGGCCUGUCCCAUGAUGCUUUGCGUGAGGGACCGGCUGUUGAACCUCCAUCAGGUCCUGAGUUUCUCUCUGUUCCAGCUGGCCUGGCAGGGCCUGGCGGAGCGGCUGGACAAAGUUCUCUACCAGGAAGUGGUGCUGUCUAAUCACUUCAGUGAAGGGGGGGCCGCUCAGCUUCAGUUCGACAUGACCAGAAACCUAUUUCCUCUGUUUGGCCACUACUGCAAAAGACCUGAGAACUUCUUUAAGCAUGUCAAGGAGGCGUGCAUCCUGCUGAGUCUCAGUGUGGGCUCUGCCAUCCUGCUGAGGAACCUCCUGAAGGAGUCGAUGGAGGAGGAGGCUGCAGGGGACCCUCCCCCAGAGUUGGCCCUCAAUGAGCUGGGGGUCUACUGUUUGGCCCCUUGUGAUGUUUUAAUCCUCCUCAACCUCAGAGCCUCCUGGCCCGGACAGUAACAACCCCCCCGCCCCACCCGGCAAUAUUUGCUUGGCUAAUCCUUCUAAUGAAAUUAUCCUUUGUAAAGAAGACAGGAAAUAUUACUGUUCAGAUAAUAAGUUAAUACUAUACUGUUAAUACUAAAGACAUUGUAAGAGUUUAUUUGUGUUGCACUAUUCCUUGGGGACCCACAUGUCUCCUGUAACCUCAGUAUAAAAGUAUACCACCACAACAAAGUAAACAUAACAAUAGUUAUCUGUUCAAAUGAAUUGCUUAAUAAACCCUCCUGAGCUGCACAUCUCUGUCAA